AAAAUUUGCUUCUAAAUGUUUGUUUUUACAAUCCUACAUGAGAUUGUCACGAAAAUGUUGAGACAUUUCAGUAAAUUAACUUUUUUUUCCUGUCAGAACUCUCAUUUGUAGCUGAGUCAGCGUUUGCCAUCUCUGACCAGAGUGAUGUCACAGUCCAGUCUGUGAAACAACCUGGUUGUCCAGAUCAAACACUGAUAUCACAAUCUGCAGAACCUGAUGUUAGAGGAUCUGCCAAGAAUAUUCGUAAUGGUAAAGACUAUGUCCCUCACCUGGAAUGGGAAUGCCUUGGGAUUCCCCUGGAAGAGCUGGCCCAAGUGGCUAGGGAGAUGGAAGUCUGGACCCCUCGACUUGGGCUGCUGCCCCAGCGACUCUACUCCGGAUAAGCGGAAGAGAAUGGAUGGAUGGAUGGAUGAAUGAAUGAAUCUGGUCGUCAGAUCAUUUAGUGACCAAAAGAUAUUUAUAAAUCCUGAUUUCUGAGUUCGAAACAAGCUAGGAAAUGACAAACACCCAAAGGACUCGCCUGGUACAAGGGUGCAUUAGUGACUCACCUUUUCGCCCCUAGUUUGUGUUUAUUGUUCUGCAACGAUCAUGAGUCCAGGUUCUAAUCCUACGAUCAAACCUGAAGAAGCCUGGUGAUGAGAGGUCAAACUUCUACGGCAGGGCUUUCUAACCCUUGACCUGCAGGGCCACUAUCCAGCAUGUUUGAUUGUUUCUCUUCUCCACCAUACCCGAUUUAAAGGCAACAUCCCCAGUUUUGCGUGUCAUCAAGCUCUGCAGAAGCCCGUUAAUCACCUGCUGGGGCUGGUAUAUGGGAGCAAAUAAACCUCUGGAACAGCCAGGGUGGUUACCCAGGAGAAUCAUGGUUGGAGAACACUGGUCUAGGGGCUCCAUGAGAAGACAGGGCUUUUCCUGCAUUCAAAUUUGCGUGGCGGCCGCCUCCAGCUAAUUUUGUGCCGCCCCAGCCUGAUUUCACUCUGCCCCCAGCUAUAUUGAUGUUAUUUUAACUGCAGUAGCACUUCCUUUCUCUUUCACCUCUGUCUCCGUGUCUGGUCGGAAUUAAAAAGCAUUCAGAAACAAUACUGGCGCACACUGUGGUCAUCUGGAUGCAGUGGAGGAAAAUGAAGAAACCAGCAAAGGCACAAAGGCAGAACCAGUCCAAAGUUUGGGAUCAAAGUGUAGCUACACACAGAUUGGCUAAUGCUAAAGCUAACGGGUAGCAGUCUCACCAUCAACUGGCGCACAGAAAAAUAUAUGAUGAUCGUAAAACUAUGAAAGACUAAACUCUACAAGCGGAUGAAAAGUCGCCACCAUCCUAUUUAUUCUGCAUCCUGCAGCGCUAUGGAUCAGAACCGCUGCAGAGACGCAUUACAUUACUGCUACAAGUCUGCUCCACACGCAGGAGCAGGAAUUACGGCAAGCAAUUGUAGUAUAUAAAUCAACAAACGCUUCUAUCUUUGAACAUAAUUUGAACUGGAUUCAGGGUAUCCGCGGGUCCUUAAAAAGUCUUAAAAAGUCUUAAACUUACUUUUCCAAAUUUAAGGCCUUGAAAAUCCUUAAAAAUGACAAAUAAUCCUUAAAUCCAGUUUCCAAAGGUCUUAAAUUACCAAAGACCCAAUAAACAAGAUUAUUUUAUUUCUAUAAAAAUUUUCGUGAAUUUCUAGUUAGUGUUCAGCAUUUUUUGUGUACGAUGUUGGCGUAAGCGGAACCGUACACAUUCAGUUGGUUGUAAAAGGGGGCUGUUUUUAUAUGAGCACAUUAGCUGGUUAAGCUAGUGGGAGCUUGCGCCAUGGGAAGUGCAAGUUUAAUGGUAACUGGAUGGUUAAUCCCACGUUCACGACGUGGUUAGCACCGGAUCCAGGCAAUAGCUGGAAAUUAUAGCUUAAAUUUAAUUUUAAAAAUAGCUUAAAUUUGGACAAAGUGGCCUUAAAAAAGGUCUUAAAAAGUCUUAAAUUUGGCUCCCUUAAACCUGCAGAUACCCUGGGAUUAUUGCCAACCCGUACAUAUUAGUCAUUUCACCAUUACAUUGUUAGCAGCAGAAAAUAAAUGUUAUUACCAUUUCCAUAAAUGCAUGUUAAUGAAAUGCAUUUUAUUUUACUGGAUAUAUUUAUGUGUUAUUUUGACUAAGAUGAGUGUUAUUAAUACAAACCUAAAAUGUUACUGAAAUGUAGGUCAAAUAAUUAAAAAUAUUUUUACUAUAAAUAUCAGAUGGGAAAAAGGGAACUAAACACCAAUCUAAUGCAUAUUAUUGAGCCUUUUAUAAUAAGAGUCUGUUAUUUCAGCCUGAUAAUUUUUUUGUUUUAUUUCAUAUUUUUUAGCAGCAAACCAGUUAUGUUUCACUUGAAACAUUGUCAAAUGGAAUAUUCUAUUUUAUCAACAGAAGCUUAGAUUAGAACACUUAACGAAAAAAUAUUUGGCCUUUAAAAAAGUGUGACAGUUGAAUGCACAGAGUAUGCAUGUGCUGCCGUAUGGUCAGGAUGGUAAAACGAUGGUACUACCACCUCUGCCUCAAAUAGAGCCAGGAAAAACCCUGGAAGAAGACCACUUUCCUUUCUGUUUUAGUUUGUAGGAUGCGUCUGGACUGAGACUGACGUUUCUCUUCCUUCGUGACCCCAAACAUUUGCCCUCAUCCACAGAAACAAACCACAUUUAAUCUCUGUUCUAAGCUGAGCUGAAAAAUGAAGAUCAUUUAAAUCUGAUGUGUUGGAGGAACCAAAUAAUUCAGUAAUUUUGUUGUUUUGAGUUGUAGUUUAGAAGUUUCAUCACUCAUCAGGCUCCUCCUUUUUCUGCCUCCUCUUCUCUUCUGUCUCUCCAUCUUAUCUCCUGGUCUAGUUCUUCCUGUGUUAUACUCCUCAUCCCUCCUUUUCUUCUGACUGUGUUCCCUCCUCUUCCUCUGUCCUACAUCACUCUACCUUCCCUGAGGAUACACCCCCACUCUCUUUCGCGUUCAGCCCUCCUCGUUUCCGAUGAGUCAUGUGACCAACUUCUGUCGCCCCCGCCACCUCCUCCCUCCCAAGCGACCAAUCACACCCCCACAGAGAAGAGCAGCACGCGCACACACAAACACACAGCAGCACUCUACAUCACCAGUCAGAGCAGGGAGGAGGAGAGGCUGAGAGGAGGACACCAAGCAGGAGAUUGAGGGAGAGGAGUCACAGCCUAAGAGGAGAGAAUAUAUUCUGCCUGAGGAGAAGGAGGAGGAGGUUGGAGGGGGAGAGGGUCUCCCUGAAUGAAGGAAGAGCUUUGGGAGUCGUUUCCUCCCCGCCGCGAUGGAGCGACGCGAGGAAUGAGGGCGGAUGGUGAGAGCAGGGAGCAGCAGCAGCAGCAGUGGAGGAGGAGGUGGAGAGGCAGGAGGUGCAGGCGAAGGAGGAGAGGGAGGCGCAGGGGGUGGCGGGCGGCAGCGCUCCCGGAGGAGACGGCUGUCGGCCAAUUGCCCCAGCAGCAACAAGAUGUCCCCCAGCUCCAACAAGGGGGAGUGUUUCUCACCCAUGCUGUGCCACUGCAAGGUGGCUUGCACCAACAGCACCAUCUCCCUCAUGUUCGGCUGCAAGAAGUACCGGCACCACGAUGAAGACUCCUCCCCCCAGGAGCACAGCUCCCCCCAGCUCACGGAGGAGGCGGGGGGCCCGGAGCUGGUCCAGGUAGCAGAGAAGAACCUCUCCCAGAUCGAGAACGUGCACGGAUACGUCACCCAUGCUCACAUCUCACCUAUGAAGGUGGCGUCUCUGGAUUGUGUCUUUGAUGGUUCCUCGUUAGGACGCCUUCACUCGGAGCUCCCCUCCCCUACGUCGUCCACUCUCUUCCCCCAUGGAGAGGACAGCCCCCUCCCCUCCUGUUCGUUCAACCCCUACCCCCCAAUCCAGCAGGCUGAGGUGGCCCCGCCCUCCUCUCCCAUAAUCCCUGUGAUCCCCAUCUCUCCAAUCCCAGCCGAGACCACCGCCAUACCUCCAGCAUCACAGGCCAACCCCCCUCCUGUGGUGGUCAACGCAGACAGCCUGGACACGCCCCCAUACGUGAACGGGACUGAGGCUGAUUAUGAGUACGAGGAGAUCACGCUGGAGCGGGGGAACUCGGGGCUGGGCUUCAGCAUCGCUGGCGGCACAGACAACCCCCACAUCGGCGAAGACCCCAGCAUCUUCAUUACCAAGGUCAUACCUGGGGGGGCAGCUGCCCAGGACGGCCGGCUCAGAGUCAAUGAUGUCAUCCUGAGAGUGAACGAGGUGGACGUCCGGGAUGUGACCCACAGUCGGGCCGUGGAGGCGCUGAAGGAGGCUGGAUCUCUUGUCCGGCUCUACAUCCGCAGGAGGAAACCCGUCUCCGAGAAAGUCAUGGAGCUCAAGCUGGUGAAGGGGCCUAAAGGUCUGGGGUUCAGUAUAGCGGGCGGAGUGGGAAACCAGCACAUCCCGGGGGACAACAGCAUCUACGUCACCAAGAUCAUCGAAGGCGGAGCGGCUCAGAAAGACGGGAAGCUGCAGAUCGGAGACAAGCUGCUGGCUGUAAACAGUGUUUGUCUGGAGGAGGUGACCCACGAACACGCCGUCACUGCUCUGAAGAACACACCUGAUGUAGUUUAUCUGAAGGUGUCCAAACCCUCCGGAGUCUUCAUGAACGAGAGCCUCGCACCGCCAGACAUCACUAGCUCGUACUCGCAGCACACGGAGAACCAUAUCAGCCCCCCCAACUUCCUGGCUCAGACCCUCCCCCCGCCAGCAUCGCCAGGGCUCUACUCACCCACGCCGAAGAGCAUGCUGGGAGAAGACGACGUCACACGGGAGCCCAGGAAGGUGGUUCUGCACAGAGGAGCAACAGGUCUGGGCUUCAACAUUGUGGGUGGGGAGGAUGGGGAGGGCAUCUUCAUCUCCUUCAUCCUUGCCGGAGGUCCAGCUGACCUCAGCGGGGAGCUGAGGAAAGGAGAUCGCCUGGUCUCUGUGAACGGGGUGGACCUCCGAAACGCCACUCAUGAGCAGGCCGCCGCCGCCCUGAAGAAUGCCGGGCAGACUGUGGCCAUCGUUGCCCACUACAGGCCAGAAGAGUACAGCCGCUUUGAGGCCAAGAUCCACGACCUGAGGGAGCAGAUGAUGAACAGUAGCAUCAGCUCUGGAUCUGGAUCUUUACGGACCAGUCAGAAGAGGUCACUUUACGUCAGAGCUCUGUUUGACUACGAUAAAACGAGGGACUCAGGACUUCCCAGUCAGGGCCUGAACUUCCAGUUCGGGGACAUCCUCCAUGUGGUUAACGCCUCGGAUGACGAAUGGUGGCAGGCCCGGCACCUGACUCCUCAGGGGGAGCAGGAGGAGGUGGGAGUCAUCCCAAGCAAGAGAAGGGUGGAGAAGAAGGAGAGAGCAAGGUUAAAGACGGUGAAGUUUAAUGCCAAGUCUCGAGACCGAGGGCAGUCCAUCAAUGACAAGCGUAAAAAGAACCUCUUUGCCCGAAAGUUUCCGUUCUACAAGAGCAAAGAGCCGAGCGAGCAGGAGACCAGCGACGUCGACCAACACGUGACGUCUAACGCCAGCGAUAGCGAGAGUAGCUACCGUGGACCUGAGGAGUACGUCCUGUCAUAUGAACCCGUCGUUCAGCAGGAAGUGACCUACAGCCGACCCGUCAUCAUCCUCGGCCCGAUGAAGGACCGGAUCAACGACGACUUGAUCUCAGAGUUCCCUGAUAAAUUUGGCUCCUGCGUCCCACAUACGACCCGGCCGAAGCGGGACUACGAGGUGGACGGCCGGGACUACCACUUUGUUGUGUCCAGAGAGCAGAUGGAGAAGGACAUCCAGGAACAUAAGUUCAUCGAGGCGGGCCAGUACAACAACCACCUGUAUGGAACCAGCGUGCAGUCGGUCCGAGCGGUGGCGGAGAAGGGGAAACACUGCAUCCUGGAUGUUUCAGGAAACGCCAUCAAGAGACUCCAGCUGGCUCUGCUUCAUCCCAUCGCCAUCUUCAUCAAACCCAAAUCUGUGGAGAACAUCAUGGAGAUGAACAAGCGUCUGACGGAGGAGCAGGGCAGGAAGACCUUCGACCGCGCGGCCAAACUGGAGCAGGAGUUCACAGAACAUUUCACGGCCGUGGUGCAGGGCGACACGCUGGAGGAGAUCUACGACCAGGUGAAGCAGAUCAUCGAGGAGCAGUCGGGUCCGUUCAUCUGGGUUCUGUCCAGGGAGAAGUUAUGAGACGCUUCUUCACCUCCUCUUCACUCACACACACACACACACCCUCCCCACGGACUCAUCAUUAGUUUCCUGAGUAAAGCACACAGGAAGUGACAUCACAGCACGGUACGGCUCCUUAAUGUUUAAGGGAGGAGAACUUCAGAAGAAUUGUGGGAAGUGACGAAGGCAGAAGAAACGUACGAAGCAGAUUUCACCCUUUUGUUUUUGUUUGUGGGUUUUUUUUGUCCUGUGAGGAAACAGUUGGGCGGAGCCUCAUCUCAGGCGGCGUUUGUUGGAUCAGAGGAAGAGGAGACACAAAAAGCAAAACUUUGCACGUUUGAGCUUUAACAGCAUGUCGGUUAACCCCAGUUCAUUUCCCAUCAGCCCUUUCACCUCAGCGUCUGACUUCACCACUUCUUUCUACGUCUGUUUUUUACGUUGCUCACCGUAAUUUUUUAUUUUUAUUUUUUGCUCCUUGCUGCUGCGGGACGCUCGUCGGGGCGCUGCAGCGUCUGGAGGGCGCCACGCCGCUCCACACCAACCCGGCCCAGUGGUUAUUAACACCGUCGGCUCACUAAACUACAGCGAUGACUAAAACAGUUCAGUGCCAAAAACAAAUAUAUAUAAAGGUAACGAAACUGUUUGUAUAGAAAGUUAAACGUUUUCUUUUGUGAGCUGCGCCGUUUGCGUUAAAAUUCCUCGGAGACUAAAGUCACUCAUUUUCCUUCCAGGAGCUUCACCACGCUGUGCCAACACUGAUGCAGUUUACAUGGUUCAUCUCAUGAUUAUGCAAACAUCCCAAAGCUGUACAAACACUCAUAUUCACAAUAAAACUAUUUUUAAGAGGAAGCGGACGUUUGUGUAAUUAGAGCAGCUUCUGCAGGAAAACGACCUUUUUGCCUUACAGAUAAACUUAUUCAUGUUAAUAAAAGAACCAUCAGAGAUUAAAGUAGAUUUUAUAUUUAAAUUUAUCUCAAACUCUUUAAAAAUAGUUUUAAAAUCUUUUUAAUAAAAACUCUAAAUUUGCACAUUUUCGUGUUUUCCGCACCGAGUCGCGGCGCGGCGCCCUCUGCGAGGCCAGCGGGAGCCUGGAGGUCGUCAUGGCGACGUCCAUCAGCAGCAUCAGUGUCUUACCAGGACUGCGAUGUGUGGGCGUGGCCUGACCUGGAGCCCUGCUGCCCCUCCAGGUGUGGAAAGUCCGUUCUUGUACGAUGAGAUGUUUAACCCUCGCCUAUUUUGUUAUAAUAAAGUCUAUAUUGAAGUGGACUUCAGCACUACGAGGAUUAUUUUCUCUGCAUUAAUCAGAUAUGAAUAGAAAGUAUGAAGAUAUUUGAAUAUAUUUUUCUUUCUUUGAUCACUUCCUCCUUUGUCUUGGAUUUUCUUUUUUAAGCAUAAUAAAAACUUAACAAGAAAGCUGGAGCAGGAGUUUUGAUUGGUUCUGAUCCGGAGCGUCUCUCAGGUGUUCGGAUUCAUCCGCAGAAGCCAUACCUGUAGCAUCUGUUAAAGGAGGCGGAGCCAGCACACACCUCUGCUAGGGUUAAACUGUUGAGUUUAGUUACUUGAUCUGGUCCAGGUGAGCUUCAACACUGCUCACUGGUAGAGUUUGGUUUUGUCACCAAACGAACGUCUGAUUGGCUCUUAAAGACUUCCAGGUCCGGUCCACCGGAAGCUGACCGGGUCUCCUCCAGCGCUGCGAGUUCUGACGUGAGAGUGGAACUUCCUGUGUUUCCUCACAGCCCAAGAGUCUUUGAAACGCUUCCCACAGAUGCUGCAGAUGUAAGGUGGCUCACCUGUGUGAGGCCUCAGGUGAGCUGUCAGACGGACGAUUGUGAUGAAAUGUUUCCCGCAGGUGUUAGAGGAAUGCAGCUUCUGAUCCGAGUGGACAAUCAGGUGUCUUAAAUGCUGACGAGUCCACAGGUGCAUCACAAGUAGGUUAGAGGAUCAGUCUGGGACGAGCGUUUUCCACACCUGGGACAGGAAAAUGUUCUCAGCAGUGUGUGUCCUCAGGUGAACUGUUGGAAAACUUUCCCAUAGACUUCAGUUAGGCUCCUGGUGUGAAUCUUCAGAAGGCUGUUCAGAGUAGCUCUGCCCACAGGUGUUACGUGUGUGGGGUGUCUCACCUGGACUACAGCUCUCCGUACACCUGAAGCCUUUCAGCUCUCGCAGGAAAGGAAAAAGCUAUUUAGAUUUGAAUGAUUUAAACAAUUAUCGAGUGGUAUCUAACUUAACAUUUUUAAGCUAAAUUUUAGAAAAGUUGGUUUUAAAUCAACUAAAUGGUUUUAUCAACACUCAUAAUGUCCUGGAGAAAUUUCAUUCUGGUUUUAGGGUGAACCACAGCACAGAGGCGGUCCUUUUGAAGAUUUUAAAUGAUUUUAGAUUGAAUUAUGAUAAACUGAAGGUAACUGUGUUGAUUCUACUGGACCUAAGUGCUGCCUUCGAUACAGUAGACCACACAGUUCUUUUAACUUGUUUAAAACAGAUCUGCCUCUGGUGCUGUACAUAGAUGGUUCACAUCCUACCUCACAGACAGGACUUUCAUGGUGAGUUUGGAUACCUGUUCCUCGAGGGUCCAUGGGAUUACAUGUGGUGUGCCCCAAGGUUCAAUUUUAGGCCCAGUGCUUUUUAACCUUUAUAUGCUCCCUCUUGGCGGGGUCACUAGGAGACAUGGAGUCAACUUUCACAGUUAUGAUACACAGUUGUACAUCUCCGUGUCUCCUGAUGACUCUCAGCCAAUGAAUGCACUUUUAACUGCAUAUUAGACAUCAAAUCCUGGAUGGCGGAGAACUUUCUCCAGCUCAACAAGGACAAAACUGAAGUUUUAGUUAUCGGUCCUGAGGCCCAGAGAGAGAAACUUUUACCGAAACUACAAUCUGUCUUUUAAUCCUAUGUCUGUGAAGAACCUGGGUGUGAUUUUUGACUCAGAGCUGACUUUUAUCCUACACAUUAAAAGCAUCACAAAAUAGGUUUUUAUCAUCUAAAGAACAUCGCCAGAGUCCGCCCUAUUCGCUCUCGGGCCAACACGGAGAUGCUGAUGCAUGCUUUUAUCACCAGUAGAAUAGACUACUGUAAUGCCCUGCUUUCUGGUCUUCCCAAAAAGAGCGUCUCAGGUUUACAACUACCUAAUUCGGCAGCACGUGUCCUGAUGAAGACCAGGUGGCAGGAGUACAUUACACCAGUUUUAGAAACAUUGCAUUGGCUCCCUGUAUGUUUCAGGGUCGAUUUUAAGGUGGUUUUAAUGGUUUUUAAGUGUCUUAAUGAUCCCCCCCCCCCCCCCCCCCCCCGACCCCCACUAAGGCCAGAAAGAAAACAAAAUCGGAGGUUAAGCGCUUGAUGCUCCUUUUUCCAAAUACAGUGAAUGCAGCAUGAUGUAAACAAACACGGACUCCAGAGGCGCCAAAGUGGUUGCUGCUAGGAUGCAGGAUGAAGCGAAAAAGGCAAGCAACGAUUACUGCGUAUCUAAAAAAGGCCAACAGUGUAAGUAGGCUGGACCGAUCUGUCUGUUUAUGCAUGUUGGUUCUAGUUUCAGUACGUUGUUGUCAGUGUUGGGACUUACUCGUUAUAAGCCUCACUGCUGACUUUAACAAGUUUCAUGUACAUAUAUGAUCCCUCAUGAAGUUACUACUUUACACCAGAAGACAGUGGAGAUGUGGAACCUUCAGGCUGAGCAAAGUUUGAGAGUUUUUAGAGUUUGAAAAACUCCUCCCGCUGUGAGGCUCCCAGUCGGGGAGAGGAGGAGAUGUGGGCAGCAUGGAUAGCGCAAAUAUUAGAUAAAACGUAUAAUUGCUGGCAGGUCUGGUCUUUGUUGACUGAUCACUUUGUCUGAUAAUGACUGACUCUGAUUAUGAAGCAAAAUAUUGACUCUGAUGAAGAAAUUCACUCAUCCAGCUGGGAAGAUUGACGCUGCUGCAGCAUCAGACAGCUGGUGCUGCACGAGAGGUGUGUGGAGUUUACAAGCUCCAAACGUUGGGUUUGUUGUUGGUUUAACCUUCUCUGGGACAUGAUGGAUGUAGAAAUGAUGGUAAAAACACUGCUAAUGUGAUAGACGUAGCAACAAUGUAAAAAAGAAAAGCUGUAAAAGGAGGCAGAUGCCGAUGCGUCAUGUAUGGGUCAAGUGUGUCACAUAAUUGUAAAAAAAGUAAAAUAUAAAAUUUUAAAAGACAUUUAUAAAUUUAUAUAUAAAUUAAAACUUUCCAAAUAUAAUGAAAAUUUCUAAAUAACGUAAAAAUGUGAAGGAACAUCUAUUGGUCAGGCUGAAAAGUUUGGGAACCACUGCUCUAAGUGAUAAGUGAAUAUCGUUUCUUAUUAUAUUUUAUGUGCAGUUUUUUAGAGCUUUUAUGUUUUCUGUAAAGAUUGGUACGCUGAAAAUCAUUUAAUGUUUUGCAUAAAGCAAGAGGUUUUGGUUAGUAAUUGAUUGGGAGAAUAACAAAUGACUGAAUUAAAUAGUGGGGCACCUCUGUCAGUGUGCCCCAGGGCAGCUGUGGCUACAUCGUAGCUCAUCACCAUCAUUGUGUGAACGUGUGUGUGAAUGGAUGAAAGAUACACUGUAGUGUAAAGCGCUUGGAGUCCUUACUCUGAGAGGCGCUAUACAAGUGCAAAUCAUUUAUCAUUUGAUCAGGCAGAGCUUUGUUGGCAGCGUUCCACUGCAUAAUGGCUUCAAACACGUAUAUAAGUGUUCGUUUUUACGUAAACCGUUGGAUGAAAUUACACAAACUGACUGAGCUCUAGUUAAGGCGCUUGCCAUAGUUUGUGCAUGUGCGUGUGUGCGUGCGUGCGUGCGUGCGUGUGUGUGUGUGUGUGUGUGUGUGUGUGUGUGCAUGUGUUUGGGGGAGGGUACAUUGAAACUUUGUCCCCCCCAGUUUGAACAUCCUAUCUGCGCCCCUGAACAGGGGGUGCCUAUUGGGGCCAGUGGGAGAGCUGGCUCCCUGGAGGGUCUAAGCCCCCCAGACAUUUUCCUCCUCCUGCUCCUUCACGUCACCACACAAACAUGCACAUAGGUCUUUGGGUGUGGGUAGGAGGCUGGAGGCUAGGAGUGGGAGCUGGCCAUCUGGUUGGGGUCAGGAGUGGUGGGUCGCUUUGCACGGUGUGUGAGUGGGUGUGUCUUACUUUGUAUGUGAGAGCAUGAGGGAGGAAGCCUGUCACUAUCUGUCAGGUGGGGUCUUGGUCCAUAUGGUGCUGGACCCAGAACCCAGUGUGGUCCUUGACCUGGACCCAUAUGGGGCUGGUCCUGGACCUGGAUCUAAACAGCAUCAGCACCAUGCUGAUGCUGGUUAGGGACCGCGCGGUGGCUGCUGGGAGUGCGUGUGUCUCUUUAAGACGCUCCUGGUUCUGGCCCGAUCAGCAUCCUGCAGCACAAACAGCCUCACCUCUCCAUCUCUGCGGUGGAUCCAGAAACAACAGAAGGACUGAAUCUGACCGGACCGGACCGUGACACUAUGACAGAAACCAGUAAGACGCACGUGAUCCUUCUGUCCUGCGGGAGCUUCAACCCGGUCACUAAGGGACACAUCCAUAUGUUCG